AUGAACAAGUUCGCCGCCGCCACAUUGGCAAACCUCCGUCUGUUUCGAUGGUGGUUUGUUACCGGGGUUCUUAUUAUGAACUCUAUUUUUCUUGGCAAAUUACAGGCUUACAACCUCCCUGUCGACCACGGCAUCAUUAUUGCUGAGGGCUUUGCGGCUGCGGCUUACCUUUGGAAUACUAUAGGUUUGGUCAUGAUAUUUUGUACGGGUUUGCCUGUGCUGUCAUGGAUUCUCAUUGCAACAGAAGCUUUCAUGACCGGUGCCUUUAUCUUUACCGCGACCGUAUAUAAGGCUGGCGUUAGCAGCUGCAACAGCUACGCUGAUACGCCUUUUGGUGCCAAUGCCAAUGUUGAUUCCGAGAUGCCCUCUAUUCAGAAUUCGUGCGGAAUGCAAAAAGCCAUGUUGGCUUUAUCAAUCAUUAUAACGUAG